UUAUUUUAUUCUAGGGUUUCUUCACAAUCUCGCAUCGCAUAUGGAUGGAUGACAAUGGAAAUUAAUGAGAUUCGAGUUAUUGUGUGCGAAGCUAAAAAUCUGAAAGGAAAGAAAAAAGAUCAAUGUCGGGCAUCUGUUAUAUUUGGAAUUGGAAAUGAUAAAUUUAGGACUUCAAUUAUCGAUGAGCCAUCUGGGAAUAUUGUUUGGAACGAAGAACAGACAAUAAAAGUUGUCAAUAAUAAUUCGCACUCUAGUAGAUCGAUGAAAUCCCAAUUAGAUGGUUCUUUAAAAGGAUACAAACCAUUGAUAUUUACGGUAAUGGACAAGACGCAUGUUAUCGGAAAAGUUUUUGUACCUUUAGCCAAAUUAACGCCCACUUUGAAAAGAUACACUUCUCAAAUACAAUUGGAAGAAAAAAUGUGGUCUUCCCUCGAAGGCAGUGAAAAAAUAUCUGAAGAUACACUGAACGCUCACAAAAAUGCGCCUUUGCUCAUAUAUGAAGCUCUGAUAACCAAAUAUCACAUCAACAGCACAAAAGCCAAAGAUUUAAAUCACUCACGUCACGUGGCUCUGAAUGAUACCAAACAACUUCCAAAGAACUUAAAUAACGAUCGAAUUGACAAGACCAAAUCUCUCAAGAGGUCGUCACCCAAUGAGAUGUUCCGAUAUAAUGAUAUAUCACUUAUGUCCCAUAAAGACGGGUCCGAUAUACCCCGGAUCUCUCAUUUUGAAAAUGACAUUAACACCGAUAACACAUCUUUAAAAGAGGAUAAUAAAGAUAAUCCCGAAAAGAAUCCAUUUAAUGUUCACAACGACGAUUCCAGCUUAGCCACUUUUUUAAAUCCCAACAAUGAUAAUCAAAAGAAAUCAAAUUCCUUAACGAGAGUUCUCGGGCAGUUAGGGUCAGUAGGAGGUCCCUUCGCUUCUAGAAGCCCUCACUCCUUUGGCGAUUUUAAAGUGGACAAGAAGAAAGAAUCUCACAGAAGAAAUUACUCCUCUUCUAAUGCAUCCACUUUUUCCGUUUCCUCGUCUUCCACCACAAAUAAAGAAAGCAAAUUAGCCGGCAUAUCGUCAGCUAUAGCCCAUUCUUCUUUUUCCAACGUCGUGAAAUCUUUCUUCACAACUGGAGAAGAUAGAGAUAAGGAUAUAGAACGUGAUACUUCUAUAAGCGGUAAUAUAAGUAAAUCCGGGUUGGAGGAUUUAAGUGAUCAUUACUUCGAUGCCACAAAAAUUAAUGGAAAUAUCAAGGACCUCCAGGAAUGUGAUAUUUCUAAAAAUCCUAUAAUAAGUGGCGUUUCUCCGAUGGAAGCUGCUAUAAAUGUGGAAACCAAAAUAAUUAUAAGGGGUCAGAAUUUGGGACUGUACAAAGAAGAUAUAUUAUCGGUUCAUGUAUGUAGUGUGGAAUGCUUACGCUCUUUGCAUUAUUUUGCCCCUUACAAAAUUUCCGUGUUACUUCAUCCUGACUCGACAUGUGUUGGAGUGGGGGAAAUUUUGAUGGUAACAAAAUCUGGUGGAACUAGCCGGUGUUUAGUAAAAUUUCGAAUAUAUGACCCGAAGAGCGCAGCUCAAAUAUCUGACGAAAACGUAAAUGCUGAAAAGAAUAUUUCCGGUUGUAAUAAGCUUGUAUCCAAAGAUCUUGAAAAUUCGCGCAACAAUUUAUCAGUGUGCGGUUAUGGUGGAUUAUACUACCUCGAUUUGAUGAAACAAAAUAUGACGUAUAACGAUACUAACCAACAGCCUACUACAUUUAGUUCCACCUUUACUCCAAUUAAUGCUGCACAUAACAAUGUCAACGAACAAAAUACAAGCAAAUUAGAAAAUAUCGGACCUCAAAAUAAUCCUUUCAACAACAUUAUUAAUUUUAUUCGGCAAGAAAAUAAAGAAUGUCAUUAUGUCCCAGCUAAAUCUAUUAAACCAACUACGCUUGAUUUGUAUUCAUUGGAAAAUUGUUCGCACGAUGGCUUAAUUGGCGAAAUAUAUAAUUUGAGGAAGCACAUUGAAGAUUUGACAAUGGAAAACAAAUUAAUGAGGUAUUACGUUGAUUCAUUAGUGCUAAGGGUAAUGGAGGUGUGUCCUGAACAUCUAGAAAAAUCUCGAUUCAAUCCAAAAAGACAACUUUAAAAUUUUGCAUUAGACAAAUCAAAGAGCUACCAAAUAUUAUCGUGCAAUUUUUUAAAUAUAGGAUUUAUAGUUAUAUUUUAAAGUCUUCCAUUUAAGACAUUUACUAAAAAUAAUA